AUGCUUGAAAUUCCAAAACUUUUGAUGGAGGAUAGCACUGAACUUUUGUUUCGCAAUAUGAUAGCAUUCGAACAGUGUCAUUAUCCUUUUGCUGCUUACAUUAGUGACUAUGCUCAUGUAUUGGAUUGUCUAAUAGACACUUAUAAAGAUGUUGAUGUCCUUAUUCACAACAAAAUAGUCAGCAACAGUUUAGGUGAUCCCAAUAGUGUUGCUUCACUAGUUAAUGGUCUUUCGGUAAAUUUCAUUCGAGUGACUUUCAAUUCUCAAUACUACGAUAUCUGCCAAAGGUUGAAUGGCUACUGUGAAGAUCCUUGGCGCAAGACGAAGGCCACUCUAAAAAGUGAUUAUGGCAACACUCCUUGGCAUGCUGCGGCCUCGGUAGCUGGAAUAACUCUUCUUAUUCUCACAAUUGUUCAAACCAUAUUUUCUGUCAUUCAAGUUGUAUUGGAGAAUUAG